AUGGCUACACCGCGCUACCUCACAGCGCAAAAGAUCAGCCUUCUUGUUCUGACUCGCCUCUACUGCAGCUCAAGUCUUCCUUAUUCCGCCACGAUACCCAUACUUUCCUUCAUCUUGUCAAACAAUUUACCCCCAGCACAGUCCAGCGCUCGUCCACGACGCUCUCACAAUUCCAAUCAACAAGACACAUCUUUCUCAAUCGAUGCCUUCGAAGAUGUGCUUGCGGAACAUGCGUCAAAUAUGCCGGGUAGGACUCUUCUCGAUCUCUUCCUCAAGCACAUGUGGGAGAUGAACUCCUUUGAUGCGCUGCACGCUCUGUUCGACAGCAUCUUGGAUCUAGUUACUCCGCCGCCACCUGGCACACAAGAUGAAGAAUCACCGGAUCGGAUCUAUCUCUCCAAAACAUCGCCGCUCGGAGCGUUCGUUCGUAGGGCCCACCUGGAGUUCACGAGGCUGCAAUUUGAUGAUUCAAUGAAACUCUGGUCUUCGUUCAUCAGGUACAGGGCUCCAACAGCACAAUGGACAAAGAGACUGGCUGGCUUGGCAUCAGGUGGAGUGGAUAUGGUAGUAUCUGAGAUGGGUCUAAGAGCUGGUGACGAUGUGUAUGAGAUUGCGUACGGGCACCUGGAAGAAGAUUACGAGGAAGGAGCAGGCAUGAGUCUGAACGAUUUAGACAGGAUACUGGAUUUCCAACUCGACCGACUUCAGAAAUUCGGAGAUCGUGUUCCUGACGAGAUGAAAGGCCAGCUCCGCAAUAUGGUCAACUCCUCGGGCACAGUACAUCGACAAGCGCAUCUGGUGCAGUUCUUCGAUGCCUGGAAAGCUGGAGACUACACGUCUGCGUUUGACAAUCUGCACCGCUACUACGACUACGCUAUGCAGACUCGUGAGAAAAUUCACUACCAGUAUGCUCUCUUGCAUAUGGCUAUCCUACAGGCCGACUUUGGCUGUUUUGGCGAAGCGAUCGCUGCCAUCAACGAGACGAUUGCUACAGCACGAGAGAAUCAGGACAUGACUUGUCUGAGCUUUAGUCUUAGCUGGUUGAAUCACAUGGCAAAGGCCUACCCUAAACAGAUGAAGGGCGUUGGUUACAUGAGCAUGCUAGGAACCGAAAGGGAUGCGUUGACCUUUCUGAAAGCGAAAGCUAAGGAGGCCAAAAUGUAUAAUCUGCUCAGUGCAACUCUACUGAACGAGGCAAAGCUGUCCCUUAUGACGGGCGACUCUAUACCCCGAGCAUUGGAACACAUUUACCAAUCCUCACACCUUAACAUCAAAGAGAACGUCAACAGCUACGGCAGCCAGAUGCUGCUAACAGCGACUCUUUAUCAGCGACUCGGCGUUCCACAUCUUGCCAACAUCCAUUGCGAACUACUUCUUGACUGCUAUUCACACUCCUGUCCAACCGAAGAAUGCCUCCGUGCCAUCGGCCGCCGGGCUUUCGUUAUAAGUCAGAGCGGCCGCUAUGACGAGGCUAUCAAGAUGCUCGAAGCUAUUGACCCCUCAGUGUACAAGUCGCUCAAGUUUCAUCAAUUCCUGGUACUUUGUAUCGGCCUUAUUAAGCUCAGGAGAGCUAUCCGAAGAUCUGACUGGCCAACCGCCACCCACCUGCUCGAAACUCUCAAACCUACGGCCACGCCUUCUACUCCGCCUCUUGAUCCGGAACUCUCCUUUGUUCAACACGACACCUAUAUUGACUACCUCAUCUCUACAUCGCAAUUUCCUCUCGCCUACCAAUGCAUUUCCUCGCUUGCUAAAUCUCUCAAAGAAGACAACGCAGAUGUUCAGCAGCGCGUUUCCGUACUUCUCAUGCAAGCAGAGUUGUGGUGGAAAGUAGGUAAAUCAGAAAGGGGCUUCAGCGUUGCGCUCAAGGCGGCGAGUGUGAGUUUUAGGGCACGCCUUGCAAGUUCGCUGUGGACCGCAGUGGGGUGUCUGGGUGUGAUAUUGAAUUCGUUGGGAGAAUGUCGAGAAGCGAGGAGACUGAUCGAGGGUGUAUUACCACAGGCUCUGGAAGGCGCAGACACCGUGCUUACGGGUACUCUCUACUCGCAUCUAGCAGACUCGUACAUGGGUCUUGCCAAUCCCAACGCAACGCAAUCAUCAAUUUCCAACGCCGCGUCCCCGUGCCCUUCGACACCCAAAACAGGCGAGCAAGCAUCAAAUCGUUCCCGUUCUGCCAACAUUGCCAAAGCAGAACUCUACAUCGAUCGGGCGAGGGAGUGCUUCAAGAAUGCGGCGUAUCUGGACGGAGAGUGCGAGCAGUUGAUGAAGAAGGCGAUUAUUGCGAAAUUGAGGGGCGACGAAAAGGUUGCAGAGGAGUGGGCUAUGAGACACAAUACUGUUUGGGACGAGGGCUAUGGAUCGCAAGAGGUGUGA